AUGCCUGGGCCAACGCUUUCGACUAACCUGUGUUUCCUGCUUCCUUGCCUCCUUCCCUCUCUUCCUCCUUCCCGCCUUGCCUCCCUUGCCCCCACUGCGCAGCAAUACCAAGAGGACGGGGACCCCUCACUACACUCCGGCCCUCCGCGCUCGUCCCAACGCUCCCCCCCUCUCGGCUCCCUUUCGAACUUCGCCUCGCCUCCCCCUCCCCAUCACUACUCCUCUGCUGCUGCUGCCGCCGCCGCCGCCGCUGGUAGGGCGGUUGCUGCUGCUCAUUCCGCCUCCUCCUCCCACCCUCACCGUUUCAGCGCCCACAUAGGGAAUUCCCCUGGGGGUCCUGGGGGAAUAGGUGAUUCGGAUGGAGGUCCGGACGGUGGUCUGGACCCGAGCCUCCUCUCCCGCUCCAUGCCGAACCUGAAACCGUUUGGCUCAGCCGGGCCUGAAGCUCCGGGGCUGGAUGAAAUGCAGUGGUGGGUUCGGCAGCAGCAGGGGGAGCAGGGGGGGGAGAAGCAGGGGUUUCAAGGCAACAGCGACGCAUAUGCGAGCUUGUAUGGCGCUGGUGGUGCUGGUGGUGUGGGUUCAGUGUGGGAUAUGAGUCCGUGCAAGCCAGGGGGUUUUGAGCGAAGGCGAGGGGAAUUUGAGGAGAAGCAGCAGCAGCAGCAGAAUUUGCUUCGUGGGGAGGAGAUGUUUAAGUUUGAAAGGACGGGUCUAGACAUGGUGGGUUCGAAGGAGGGUCAACAUCCCCUCUCCCAUACUCUCCCUGCCCGCACAGCCUCCCAGCCCUGCAACAAGUGGGCCCCUGAUGCCAACACCAACCCCGAUCCACCGUCAAGCUUCAACCCCAGGAGGAGCCUUGACGUUGACGCGCUCGCAUAUGGCAUCAGGGAACUUCCCUCCGGCUCGCUCUCGUCUGGGACUGCCGAAACUGGCAGCUUUGGCAGCAGUAGCUUCGGCACGAUCAGCAUUGGCGAGUUCAACAGCAGCCGCAGCAGCAGCAGCAUCAGCAACGGGUUCAGCAACAGCAGCGUGAGCAUGAGCAGUGCAAGCAACAACGGCGGGGGCAACAACACCGCUGAUGGCAACACAAACGGCGGCGGCAGCAACGGCGGCAGCGGUGGUAUGGCCAGCGGCGGCAGUGGUAUUGGCAGCGGAAUGGGCAGCAACAGCAGCAGUGCUGCCCGCAUGCUGACAUUUGACACCCCAGACGCGUCUCUAGCCCAAGGGGGCCGUCUUUCUGCCUCUCCCGCUCCUGCUCCUGCUCCUGCUUCUGCUCCUCCCGGUGCUCCUCCUCCUGCUCCUGCUUCCCCCGCUCCUACGUCUGCCCCUCCCCCUCAGCCCAGCAUGCAAAAUGACCCGGCGCGGGUGUUGGAGCUGAGGGGCAUGCACGUUUCCAACGCCGUGUGCCUGCUGCAGCAGGAGGUGUCUGCCCUGCGGUUUGCUGCUCAACGUAUGAAGUCAAGGCAGCAGGUAAGAGUGCACUGUACAUGUGUUGCCAGCUGCAGCAGGUAUAGGGUCACUCACGUGUUGGAGCUGAGGGGCAUGCACGUGUCCAACGCCGUGUGCCUGCUGCAGCAGGAGGUGGCUUCUCUGCGGUUUGCCGCUCAGCGCACCAAGUCCCGCCAGCAGCUCUACGUGCGAGUGGGGUCGGGCCUCUACACCAGUGACCGUGCGCUGCAGCACAUGCCAGCAGUGGUGGAGCAGUAUUUGGUGGACCAGGAGGGGCUUCACGUGCUGGAGCCGCAGCCAGGGCUACUCAGAGUGUUCAUUCUUGGGGGGGGGGGGGCAGCACAUGCCAGCAGUGGUGGAGCUGUAUUUGGUGGACCAGGAGGGGCUUCACGUGCUGGAGCCGCAGCCAGGCCUUUUAAGAGUGUUCAUGUGACACAUGCCAGCAGUGGUGGAGCAGUCUUUGGUGGACCAGGAGGGGCCUCACGUGCUGGAGCCGCAGCCAGGCCUUUUGAGGGUGUUCAUCACAUGCCAGCAGUGGUGGACCAGGAGGGCCUUCGUGUCCUGGAGCUGCAGCCAGGCCUUUUGAAGGUGUUCAUGUGA